AAAGGCAUCCGGGGCUGAGUGUGCGCCCUGGGAGCAUCGAGCCGCGCUGGCCCCGGACCCCCUGCGCGGGCAGCAGCCGCAGCCGCCGGGGCUCGGCUUGCCGAGGGUCGGGGCUUCCCUUUGGCAGCCGGAGCGGUCAUCCCCUGUGCCCGGCAGCCCUGCCCCUGCUCCCCGCUCCCAAGGCUCCUCCGUGCCGCGGGAUCCCGCCGUGACCCCGGCCGGGGGAGCGCGGUGUGGCCCUGCGCCUGCCGUGCAGUGUAAGAGGGAAAGGGGGAGGCGGUAGGAAAACCCCGUUCUUGCAAAAAUGCAGCUCGCUCUUUUCUUGUCCUGGUGCUGCUGCCUGCACGGAUGCGCGCUGGGCACUGGCUUCCUCUAUCAAUUCCCAGCAUCAACCCUGCAGCACAACUACCCAGAGCAGAGCUCCGGCUCGCCGGGCAGCGGCUUCGCCAGUCGCCGGCACUGGUGUCACUACACAGUCACAAGGACAGUCUCCUGCCAGGUGCAGAACGGGUCAGAAACGGUGAUCCAGAGAGUUUAUCAGAGCUGCCGCUGGCCAGGACCUUGUGCCAACUUAGUCAGUUACAGGACUCUCAUCAGGCCCACGUACAAAAUGUCCUACAGAACUGUGACCACGCUGGAGUGGAGGUGCUGUCCUGGCUUCACAGGGAGCAACUGUGAGGAGGGUUCCUCUGGCCCCCAGCACGGCUCCUCUCCCAGCCAGGACCAAUGCAUGAACUGCACCAGGCUGGCUGACAUGAGCGAGAGGCUGAACACGCUGGAGGCCAAGAUCCUGCUGCUGGAGGCUGCAGAGAGGAGCCCAGCCCUGGAGAACAACCUGCCCAUCACGGGCACCACGGCCACAUGGGACCAGGAGCUGCUGCCCGACGCCUUUCCCCUGCUGAACCCCGGCACCGUCCUCAGGAAAAACGUGGCAGCUGUUGAGCCUAAAGGGCCCAGAGGUGCAGAGGAGCAGCUGAUACCACAGGGGAUUCCAGGCCAGGUUGGUCCCCCGGGCCCGGUUGGCCCCACGGGGCUCCCAGGACCACCAGGGCCCAAAGGAGAGAAGGGACAGCCCGGGGAGAGGGGCCCUGCAGGGCCACCAGGGAUGUUGGGACCUCAAGGACCACGAGGACUUCCAGGAGAAACUGGGAUCCCAGGUCCCCCAGGUCCUCCAGGGCCACCAGCCACGCCAAGCCUCCCUCUCACCUUCCAGCAAGGGGUUCUCUACUCACUCCAGCCCACAGCUGAAAAAGAAAAUGGAGAAGCCCAGCUGGCCUCCACCGUCAUCGACACCAUCCUGGCAGGGCUGCCCGGCCCGCGGGGAGCCCCGGGGCCCGUGGGGCCACCAGGGCCACCAGGUGCUUCAGGACCCAAAGGGCCCCCAGGACCCAUUGGAGCCCCUGGAUCACAGGGCUUGCCAGGAUCUCCAGGACAGCCUGGACCAAAAGGAUCCAAAGGAGACCGAGGAGAGAGAGGGCAAGCAGGUCUGCCUGGAGAGAGGGGCAUUAAGGGACUUCCUGGUGAACCAGGCAAGAAGGGUGAGGAAGGUGACAAAGGUGCUGAUGGGGAAGGUGUCCAACAGCUUCGAGAGGCUCUGAAGAUUUUAGCUGAGAGGGUAUUGAUCCUUGAGCACAUGAUAGGAAUUCAUGACUCUUUGUCUUCCAUUGAGCCAGGCUCUGGACAGGAUGUGAUCCCAGGCUCCCCCCUGAGAAGCAGCAUCAAGAUCAAGCGAGGAGGACCCCGGCAGCCCCAGGCCCACCAGAUCCUCUCCUCCCUGCUGGAUGAUGCUGAAGCCAGAAGGAGAAGCCACAGGAUGAAGUAGGAGCAUCUCUGUGUCCUCCCUGCCUGUUCUGCAGUUAAAGAUCCAGUACCCAGUGCUUAAUUGCACCCUGCAGAUGAAGAGGGUGGGAGGCUGCAGUGUUGGUGGCUGGGUUUCCUUUCCUGGCCAGUUCUGAGCCCUGGUUGCAGGGAAUGACUUAUCCAUAGCUCAGAGAGGGUUUUGAGAAUGUUUUCCUUGAUUUUGUUGUUUUGCCUUUGGAAUAGCAGUUGUCAGGUGUCUCAGAAGCUGCCUACAGGAGUGGCACCUCCUGGCUGUGCCUCGAGGGUUCAACCCUGCCCUUGUUCUCUCCCUGCCCUUGACAGUCACUCAGUAAAGCUCUGCUUAACUGGCCAAGCCCAUCCAUCCCACCCAGAGCCAAAGCCAAGCCUCAGCCUUGUCCAUUGCUGCAGUUGGAGACAUCUGCUUUUGUUUCCUGCAUGACCUGCAAGGAUUUCGUUUAAGCAAAGAACAAAUUAGAUACAAAUUACAUUUAAAAGUAUUGCUCUGAAAAUUCAGGUGGCUUUCUGGACUUUAGCAACGAAAUCCUGGCUCUUCAUGUUGCUAAUUGCAUGUGAGUGACAUUAUUUCUAUUUGUGGUUGGAUAAACAAGGACUUUUAAUGCAAAUGUUCCUAGAAACAUUGGCUUUCUGUCUAUCUUCAGAGAGUUUAGACUAUUUCUGUGAAAACAUAGAGCAGUUUGCAUGAGAUAUGAUGGAAUUGUGCAAGAAUUUUCCCAUACUGUGUUCAGCUUGUGCAUACAUCCAGAGAUAAUUAAUUUAAGUGGUGGCAGUAGCUAUUCACAGAAAAGGAUAUUUUGCAAUAGUUUCUUAAUCCUACAGCAAUCAGGAAAAAUGUUUUCACAGUGUUUUGUUUUAAUCUUGUGAGUAAAUCCUCACCAUUUAGAUCUGGAGACAGUGUAGGAGCAAACCACAGCCUAGGGAAUUAGAGUCUUGUCAAGAGCUUAUCUUGCACUGGGAGUUAAAUACAGAGUCAUUUUACUUUUUGCAAUAACUGGUUAUUUUAGGGGAAGUACCAGCUUCCAGGUUUAAGAAGUUGAACCUGCCCUUCAGUGACAAAUGAAUCACUCCACCUGCUGUGCUAACCAGGUCAGACAAGCUGAUGUCAUCCGUGUAGACAGUGAUUUUUGUUAGAAGGGGGAGGUUAAUCAACAAAACUGACUGGACUAUUUUUUGUUUUUAAUUCCCACGUUCUGACAGUUCUCAAAUUCAGCCCAGGACAAAAGUGGGCAAAUUGAGUUGUGUUAAGGCCCCUGUGUGUCUGGUUCCUGUGCAGAACACAGCUGUGUGAGCAAGCUGGGCUGCACUGCUGUAGUGUUUCUGUCAGAGGCUUUCCAAAGAAAACACUCUGCAGUCCCUGAGUCCAGCACCCCAAGUGAUCUUCCCAAGGCAAAGCCCACUGGAAAUGAGGCUAAAAAUGGAGGAGCUCUGCCAGCCCAGCAUCAGCCCCACAUUAAAUUGAGUGUCCAUAAACACUGUAAACAUGGCAGUGCCAUGUUUACAACAACAGAGACAACCCCAAUCCUUCCUCUGAAGAGCCUGGAGCCUGGCAUUUCCACAAAUGAGCAGGUUACAGGCUCCUCUAGGUGAACCCACCAUGCCUUGGCUUGGCCCUGCUCCUCAGGAACCCAGCCAUCCCCAGGCAGGUGAAAUGGCAAAGCUGAUGCUGAGCAAGCACCAGAACCUUCUUUUACUGCUGUGCAGAUGAAUAACAACCAGCUGUGCUGGAGGCAGCAGGGAGGCAAGUCCCUGCCCUGCUUUUGCAUCCUCCCCCUGCUUGGUCAGUGCCAGCUGUGGGGCUCAUUCAGCCUACCUGGCUCAGGUUGUGCUUCUGAAUGAUUGAAUUUCCCAAGAAACAAACCCAGAGCUUUGCAGGAGCCUCAGGAGGUCCCUGGCUUCACUCUGAGUUACAGCUGUGGUGUAGAGAGACAAGAAAAUGAGUAAAACUCAGGUCCAGCAGGUUCCUGAGCUCAAGGAGCCAUCCUGUAUCUGCAAUCCCUUGGGGAGAAGCAAAUAAAACUCUCUGAAUGCGUCUUGGUUUCACCCCCAGCACUAACUCUAAGCCCAGCACUAACUCUGAGGAUGUCUGAGGAGCUCUAAGAGCCCAAGUUCCUCCUUCACUACGGGCAGGGCAAGAGCUCUGUUUGUGGCCAGCCAAGCACGGGAACAUUCUUGGAAUAAUCAUUCCAUCUAAGAGUUAAAUGUCCAAAAAAAAAGGAUGUUUCCUCAUUUGCAGGUUGAUUCCUGUGCAGGAAUUGAGAAUACUUGGUUACCUCUGGGGUGAAUUGGGACCAUCUUGGUCUGGAUCACAUCACCCCACUGGUGGCUUCCAGGAGAUAAAUCAGCCAGUUGGUGUUGGAACAUCAGGCCUGGGGAGUGAGGAGAAAUCUCAGUUCGGUCUAAACUCGUGCACUGGGCAGGCUGGUGCCAGCUGUAGUUGAGGCCACAGGAACCAUUUGUCCUCAUGGCAGCUUCAGGAACCAAACCCAACCAAAGCAUCUUUAAAAAGGGAAAUGGGGAAAUUCAGUUUCACUGGUCCUGUAACUACAGGGUUGAAUUUGGGGAAGAAGGAAUACAAUGAGGCCAUUUUUACUUCCCUGGCAUUUCAGAGGCUCCACACUGAACUGGAAGAGAAAUCUUUCUUUUUCCAAGUUUCUCUUCUGAAUUCAAAGUAAUGCUUUAGUCACUCACAUUGGUGAGCCAUUCAUACUGACAUGGAUUUGGAAUUUUAUAUUAUUUAAAACAAAUUACUGACAAGAAUGAAAGGAAAAUUUAAUGGAAGUUGUUUGCAAUUAAUCCUGCCAAGUCAAUUGUCAAAAGGCUGUUCAGGUUUGGGUUGAGACCACUUGAAUUAUUGAUAGUAUGAGCUAUGUAAUUUUUUCUCCUUGCUUUGUUUAGCCCCAUCUCUCUGAUGAGGUGCUGUGUCUUUAAAUGGGGGACAGCAGGAUUAUACCAGAUGGACUUUCUCUCUCUGCUGGGGUUUCAUUCCUCUCCACUCACACGAGGGCUGCACCACACUGUUGUGCCACCCCAGUUUAAUGACAUUUAAAGGUGAGCACAGCCUCACACACUGACAUUGAUGAGAUUGAUGACCAAGCAAACCACUCCAACCACAUUCUCCAUCAUGGGCAGGAUCCUGAGGUUCAUUUCAGCCAGGGCAUAUAAUGCUUCUUGCCAUGUCUAUGUAACUUAGGGGAUUUAUUUUGAAUGCGUGCUCAUUUAGAAAUAUAUUUUAAUUGAAAUGUUUAGUGCUUUAUCUUACAUACAUACUGUGCAAUACCAUAGUGUGUUCUUUUCCUUUUUUUUUUCCUUUUUUGUUUUUCCCUAAGACUUUUUUGAAAUUCUUGAUGUUUGUUUGAGCUCCAGUGUGUUUUUGACUUGGCUCAGCUCUGGUAGUAGUAGUGUUUUCCUUGCCCUGAGCUAACCAGAAGCAGCACAUUGCACAACAAAAAUCCUUUGCAAGUCAUGCACCCUCACAUUCACCAGCAACCUGCAACUCCUGGGAGGCAGAGAAUGCUCCUCUCCAGAGGGUCUAAUUUGCACUUACUGUAAGGAAUUGCUAGCAACCCAGGGAAAUAGGAAUUAACUAGAAAGAAGAGCCCUCACCUGCUCCCACCAAACUCCAGAGUAAUUUUAUUAUCAAUUUUCAAAGGAGCAGGCCUUAAAAAUCAGACCCAGCCCUGGAGCAGCACAUGCAGUGCUGGGUGGGCUCUGCUCCAGUGUCUGCCAUAAGCUGUUGUCACAUGGGACCCUGAGCACUGUGACAAAGGCUUCCAGAGACAAUCAGCUCCUGAACUUCCCUCCUGAUGCAAUGAUUGGAGACCCAUCCUCCUCCAGGUUUACACCCUCUGUCUGACUCAAGAUGACAUUCCACUGGGGGUGUAGGGGUUAAACUGCUCAGAGUCUCUGUGAUUUCUUGGUUUCCUGUGAAACCAAGGCAUUGAAAGGUGCUAUAAUUGUUCACGAGGCACAUCCCAGCCACAGAAGGAAAUGGUAACUUCUUCACCAGUUAUUUUACACAGUACCUUUUUUAUUUAUAUCAGUGUGUUUUGUAUGUGUGCCAAUGGUCCCAGCUUCUCUCCUGGGGAUCAGCUUUACAACCAUUUGGUCUUUUAUAGGGCAGCCAUAGGCAGUAUCUUGCAAUCACGUGUAAUUUCUUAACUUAGAGCAAGAAUAAAUCUCGUCUGACAAGAUGAACUCAUUUAUGGCAGGCUUUAAUGUUUGUUGUAAACACAACCUGUUUGUUCCACCUCUUGCAUGGUUACUUAUCUGUUUUCAUAUUGCUAUGUUAUUGUUCAAAAUAUCUAUUUCUCUUUAUUUGCUAUGGGGUUUGUUACUGUAUAUGGAAUGUUUUGUAUUCAGCAUUUUCUUACGGAGCAGAGUGGGAACAGUAUUCAAGGACCCACAAAUACCAAAGACCUUUCAUGUAAUGCACUGAGAAAUAAACUUACUGUAAAUGA